GACACACAGACAGACAGGAUGGAUGUGAAGCUGCCGUUUCUGACUGUUGUUCUGCUCUCCUCACCGCUCCUCACACUAUGUGACCCUCUGUAUGUUCUGUCAGCUCCUAACUUGCUGAGGGUGGGUUCCUCAGAGAACGUGUUUGUGGAGGCUCAGGAUUACUCUGGAGCAGCUGUCAAUGUGAAGAUCAUAGUUACAAAUCUGAAGAAGAACCUGGAGAUACUGUCUAAAUCAGUGAGACUGACUGCAGACAACAAUUUCCAGAUCCUUACAGAAAUAAAGAUUCCUGAUGAUCAACAGUAUUUCUCUGACGAUCCUCUGGAGAAGCAGUAUGUGUAUCUACAAGCUCAGUUUCCAUCCACCACUCUGGAGAAAGUAGUCAUGAUCUCAUUCCAGUCUGGAUAUAUAUUUGUACAAACAGACAAGCCCAUCUACACACCUGCUAGCACAGUUCAGUACAGAAUUUUCUCUCUGAUGCCCAACAUGAAACCACUCAGUCAGUCUGGAAUCAAAGUGGAAAUCAUGAAUCCACAAGGCAUCACCGUUUCAUCAGAGAAGAUAUUUCCAGUCAAAGGGAUGAAGUCCGGAGAAUAUGCCAUUCCUGAGAUUGCCAGCUCUGGGAUCUGGAAGGUGGUGACACAGUUCACAAACACUCCUCAGAAGACAUUUACUGCAGACUUUGAGGUCAAACAAUACAUGCUUCCAGUAUUUGAAGUGAAAUUAAAACCCAGUAAGUCAUUCUUCUAUGUGGAUGACCAGAGUCUGACAGUCGACAUUGAAGCCAAGUACCUGUUUGGACAGAAGGUGGAUGGAAAUGCAUUUGUGGUGUUUGGUGUGAUGAACGGUGAGAAGAAAAUAAGGAUUCCUACAUCUCGGCAAAAAGUUCAGAUCCUGAAAGGAGCAGGUACUGCAGAACUGACCAAUCAGAUGAUCACUGAAACCUUUCUGAACAUUAGCCAGCUGGUUGGACGAUCAAUCUGGUUUUCAGUCAGUGUUUUAACAGAAAGUGGCAGUGAAAUGGUGGAAGCAGAAAGGAGAGGCAUUCAGAUUGUGACGUCAUCAUACACCAUCCACUUCAAAAAAACACCACAAUUCUUCAAACCUGGAAUGCCCUUCGACGUCUCGAUCUAUGUAACAAAUCCUGACCAAACACCUGCUGAAAAUGUGGAAGUGGAGAUCAAUCCAGGAGGGGUCAAAGGUCGAACAAGAGCCAAUGGCAUUGCAAAGGCUACCAUCAACACUCUGGGAGGAUCUUCUACACUAGAGAUCACUGCAAAGACCAAAUAUCGACAAUUAAGCGAUGAACAGCAGGCAGUGAAGAAGAUGACGGCUCAGGCCUACAUUCCCAAAGACGGCUCUGACAACUACCUGCACAUCUUUAGUGAUGCUGCAGAGCUUCAGAUCGGUGAUCAAAUGAAAGUCUUUCUGAACACUGGACACAGUCCAGGAGUCAAAGAUCAGGAUUACACAUACAUGAUCUUAAGUAAAGGUCAGAUUUUAAAAGUUGACAGGUUUAAGCGAAGAGGGCAGUCUCUAGUGUCUCUGCCUCUGCCUGUAACCAAAGACAUGGUGCCAUCCUUCCGUUUUGUGGCUUAUUAUCAUGUGGGCUCGUCUGAGGUGGUGUCUGAUUCAGUCUGGGUCGAUGUGAAAGACACAUGCAUGGGAACGUUCCAGGUUAAGGUGAAGGACAAGAUGUAUUCCUAUGGCACAGGAGAUGAGGUCAAGCUGCAGAUAACUGGAGAUCCUGGAGCUAAAGUUGGUCUGGUGGUGGUUGACAAGGCUGUGAAUGUCCUUAACAAGAACAGACUUACCCAGACUCAGAUCUGGGACGUCAUAGAGAAGCAUGACAUCGGCUGUACGGCAGGAGGUGGAAGGGACAGUAUGGGGGUUUUCACUGAUGCAGGUCUGAUGUUUCAGUCCAACACUGCAGGAGGAACCAACACCAGAACAAUGCCGAAUUGUCCCUUCUUUUCAAAGAGAAGACGCAGAUCACUGGAUGAUGACAAGUAUUAUACAGAUUUUGAAAUGAUUUUGUCACGUACGAACAUUCCUGAGAAUUGGCUUUGGGAGGAGAUCGAUCUACCCACUUGCAGAGAAAACCACUGUGGAACAACAUCAGUCACAGAUAAAGUGAUCUACCUGAAACAGUCUAUCACUACCAGGCAGAUUGUGGCUGUCAGUCUGUCACCAACACAUGGCAUCUGUGUGGCAGAACCUGAGGAGAUGGUUGUUUUUAAAACCCUUUUCAUUGACCUCAAGAUGCCUUACUCAGCUGUGCGUGGAGAACAACUGGAAAUCAAGGCCAUUAUUCACAACUACUCCCAAAAGAAGCUGAAGGUGCGUGUGGAGUUCAUGGAGACAGAAAAUGUCUGCAGCUCUGCCAGUAAGAAAGGCAAAUACAGAACGAUAGUAAAUGUUGACAAAGACUCCAGCAUAGCCGUUUCAUAUGUGAUUAUUCCCAUGACACUGGGAAAUCACAUAAUUGAGGUGAAAGCUUCAGCAUAUGAUUCUGUCCACACUGAUGGGGUGAAAAAGCCACUGAAGGUGGUGUCUGAGGGUGUGCUGGUUCCAUUACAUAGACAAAAUGUGGAGCUCAAUCCUGCUAAGAAUGGAGAAAAUCCUUUAGUUUUUAAGGCUGACAUACCAGCUGAUCGCCUUCCAGACACACCUGCUAAAACAUACAUCUCAAUUACUGGUAAGGAGAUCACUCAGACAGUCGAACAGGCCAUCAAUGGAAGCUUCAUGGGUCGCCUUAUUGUCCAGCCUAGCGCUAAUGGAGAGUCAAACAUGAUCCGUAUGACUCUGCCUCUCAUUGCCACUCAUUAUCUGGACAGCACCAAUCAAUGGGAGACUGUUGGCAUGGAGCGCCGUAAUGAAGCCAUCAAACAUAUCAACACAGGUUAUCAGUGGCAGCUGGUUUACCGUAAAUCAGAUGGAUCCUACUCUAUAUUUACACAGACGCCGAGCAGCACAUGGCUGACAGCAUAUGUGGCCAAAGUCUUCACCAUGGCCAGUGACUUCAUAUAUACAGAAGAUCAUGUGAUCUGCAGCGCCCUCGAGUGGCUGGUUCUCCACAAACAAAUACAAGAUGGCUCCUUUAAAGAGGAUUCAGCUGUAAUUCAUAGAGAGAUGAUGGGUGACAUACAGGGCAAAAAUGCUGAUGUCUCUCUGACGGCAUUUAUCCUGAUCACCAUGCAAGAGGGCAGAGAGAUCUGUGCUGAAUCAGUUGCUAGUCUGCAUGAAAGCAUCAAGAAGGCUGUUUCCUUCUUGGAAGGUCGACUUCCACAACUGACCAAUCCUUACGCUGUUGCGAUGACGUCCUAUGCCAUGGCCAAUGAGAACAAACUCAAGAAAGACAUCUUGAUGAGACAUUCCACCCAAGGAGAAGCCGGUAGAUUCUGGACUGUCCCUGGACAGCAUUAUCACUCACUAGAGGCGACGGCUUACGCUGUGCUGGCGCUUGUGAAGGCAAAAGACUUUGAUAAAGCAGGAGAGGCAGUGCACUGGCUGGCCAGACAACAGGCUCACUAUGGAGGAUCUGGCACCACACAAGCGACCAUCAUGGUGUUCCAGGCCGUGGCAGAGUAUCACACGCAGGUGAAGAACCGACAAAACUUCAAUCUGGACGUAGAGCUGUCUGUGGCAGGAAGAAGCAAACCUGUCAGAUAUAAUAUCAAAAGAGAUAAUGCACAUCUUACACAUUCAUACAAGGUGGACAUAAACAACGACUUCAAUGUAACUGCUAGAGGAACUGGAGCAGCCACUCUCUCAGUUCUGACGCUGUACUACGCCAGACCUGCUGAGAAGUCUAACUGUACAUUCUUUGAUCUGACUGUUAAAAUGGAGAAAGAUCCUAAAACAAAACAAGAAGGAGCUAUUGAAACUUAUCAGCUCGCUAUGAAUUUCAUCUACAAAAGUGAUAAAACCGAUGCCACCAUGACUAUUCUGGACAUUGGCUUACCGACUGGAUUUACUGUGGAUAGCAGAGAUCUGGAAGUGUUGUCGACAGGGAAGGAGAGAUACAGUCAGAAAUUUGAGACGGACAAAGUGAUCCUCUACUUCGAUAAGGUUUCUCGAAAACAGAAAGAAGUAAUUACAUUCAGAAUGCACAAACUGUAUAAUGUGGGUCAGCUCCAACCUGCUGCAGUCACAAUAUAUGAAUAUUACUCACCAGAUCCACGCUGUACAAAGUUCUACCACCCUGAAAGGACAGAUGGCGCUCUAAACACACUGUGUAAGGGAGAUUUGUGCUACUGUGCAGAAGAAAACUGCAGUUACCAGAAGAAGAAUCGGGUCAGAGAUCAGGAGCGUUUCAACAAAACCUGUGAAGCUGGCAUGGAUUAUGUUUAUAAAGUCACAGUGGAGAAGAUGGAUCUGCAACAGACAGUUGACAUCUACGACAUGAAGGUGGAACAGGUGCUGAAAGAAGGCAUUGAUGAGGAAGUUGAGGGGAAAGUGAGACAAUUUUUGGCUCGUCCCGUUUGCAGAGAACAUUUAGGAUUUGUAAAAGACAAGUCAUACCUCAUCAUUGGCAAAUCUGUUGACCUGCCAAACCUAGGUGGAAGUCUGCAGUACAUCUUGGGAGAGCAGACCUGGGUUGAAUACUGGCCUACAAGAGAGGAAAGCCAAACUCCAGAACACAGGGAGCGAUACAUCGGCAUCUCUGAGCUCCAGGAUGCAAAACGAUGCUGCAGUAAACAGAAGAAACAUCAGGUCAAAAGUUACAAGCGUUUGGAAAAAGCCUGUGAAGAUGACAAGGGAUACGCUUACAAAGUCACAGUGGUGGGGACGGUUCUGGACAAUACCACAGACAUCUAUAACUUAAAGUUGGAGCAGGUCCUGAGAAAUGGUACUGAUAAUGAUGUUGAGGGGCUGUUGAGGAUUUUUCAGGCUCAUUCUAGAUGUAGAGCAUCUUUGGCAUUACAAGAAUUCAAGUCAUACCUCAUCAUGGGCCCAUCCACUGACCUGGUGUUUCAUGGUGGACGUCUGCAGUAUGUUUUGGGAGAGCAGACCUGGGUUGAAUACUGGCCUACAAGAGAAGAAAGCCAAACUCCAGAACACAGGGAGCGAUACAUCGACAUCAGUGCACUCGCUAAUAUGCUUGCUAAAGAAGGAUGCGUUAAUUAUUAGUUUAAUUUUUUUCUUUUCUUUUACAGAAACCACCUGCAGUUUAAGACUCUAAAUAAUUUUUAAACAAUGUUAUUUU